AUGACUGUGACGAAGAAGCUCAUCACCGUUUUUGGUGGCACAGGGAACCAAGGUACCUCGGUGGUUCGCUCGCUUCUGGCACACAAAGAUCAAUUAUUCCAAGUGCGAGUGAUCACCCGGGACCCGGAAUCGAGUAAAGCUCAGGAACUUGCAAAGCUUGGUGCAGAGAUCGUGCUGGCAGAAGGAAGUGAUCGAAGCCAAACUACCGCCGCGUUCAAAGGAAGCUGGGGAGCCUUUAUCAACAGCAAUUCAGAUGGCCCUAAUGACGAGGAUAGCAUCGAAAAACCCACUCCUUAUGACCUUGAUGUUGCCGUACUGGAUGCUGCUGAAGCAGCAGGCGUUCAGCAUAUCGUGUACAGUUCGGCGGCCAGCCCUCACCGGGCAACCAAGGGUCGUAUUAAUCUGACAGGGUUUGAUUACAAAACCUAUGCCGAGGAAUAUGCGCGGAGCGAAAAGAGUUUCACAACCUUUACUGCCGUCCUCCCCGCCUCUUUUAUGGAGUGCUGGACGCAAGAGUGCUUCUGUCAAAUAUGGGGUGGGUUCCCUUGGUAUCGAAAUGGCCAAAAGGAAGUAGUCCUGGCCGUUCCUCCCUACGGUGGUGACGGACGGAUGCCCUGGAUAAGUGUUCAGGAUGACCUCGGGGAUAUCGUUCAUGGUAUAUUUCUCAACCCGCAGCGGUACGACCAGAAACAGGUCCAAGCCAUCAGCCAGCUUAUCAAACUGGAGGAUAUGGCGAAGGAACUUACUAAAGUCCAUGAGUCUUACAAAGAACAUGUAGCCACCGGUACACCCGUGCGAUAUCAGCAGCUUGCCUCGUGGAGGGAUGUCCCCCAUGAUGGAAGCCAUCUACGUGAAGAGGCCCGCUUGAUGUUUUUCUUUAUGAACUUCUGUGGUGGGAAAUGGUUCGCGGAACAUGCUAGCGAUGACACUGCGGCGCGUGAGUGCAAGCAGGCGGCUGUAGAGGCCCGGGGAUGCUCGACUGGGAAUCUCACCACCUUCAAAGAAUGGUUUACGCGUGAGUCGGCAAACCAUGUCUAG